UGCUGUCACUCAAUCUUAGUACCGCCCCCUGUGAUGGCAGCAGGGUUGUAUCUACUGUAAACAAUCGAUGAGGAAGAUCAGCUUUCUGUAUUAAGUUGAUGGUUGUGGCAGAAAUGUGAUUAAACGCUAAACGCUGAAGUUGAAAAGUUUAGCAGGCAUAAUGUUGACUUUAUGAAUCAACCACACUAACGUAUUAAGCCUACCAUGAGUACAGUGGGAGAAAAUCAGCUGCAGAGAAUCAUCAGAGAUCUGCAUGAUGCUGUUUCUGAGUUGAGCCAAGAACAUUGUGAUACUGGCGAACCCAUCACAGAUGACAGCUCCAGCCUUCACAAGUUCUGCUAUAAGCUGGAGUACCUUCUGCAGUUUGACCAGAAAGAGAGGACCACAUUUCUGGGCAGCAGGAAAGACUACUGGGACUACUUCUGUGACUGCUUGGCCAAGAUUAAAGGAGCUAAUGACGGCAUUCGCUUUGUCAAAUCAAUCCCCGAGCUGAAGACAUCAUUAGGAAAAGGACGGGCUUUCAUUCGCUACUGUCUGGUGCACCAAAGGCUGGCAGACACGCUUCAGCAAUGUCUUAUGAACUACAAAACCACAUGUGAGUGGUAUUAUGAACGCAGUCCCUUCUUAAAGUCCCAUCUGAACACUGAUAUCAUCAACCAUCUGUAUGAACUCAAUGAGGUCCAGUUUGAUGUAGCAUCCCGAGGUUACGACCUUGACUCUGACUGGCCCACUUUUGCAAGAAAGACUCUGGGAUCAGCUGUCUCACCCGCCCAUGCGUGGAAACCACCCAGUCGCUCCUCUAGUGUCAACAGUCUGGUUAGCACUUACUCACAGCAAGCUCAAGAGUUUCUUCCAGGCCAAGAUUUUGGCUCUAGUCUUCUGGGUGAUCUCGGGGAAUUAGGUGAGUUGUCCUGUAGUGCUUCUGAGGACCUGCGCACUGAGCUCGACCAAUCAGAGUUGAAGCAACGGGAGCUCCAAGAGAAGAUCAGGCAACUCACCAGUGAAGCAGCUGAUCUGAAGGCCGUGGUCCAAGACCUGCAGGAGCAACUCUUGGCUCAAGGUCCUAACCAAAAGAAAAAAGAAGAUCAGGAGGUGGUGAAAACUGUUAAAGAGUGUGCAGAUCGUCUCCAUACCACCACACAGGGACUGGAGGCUCUACGGACAACAACAGAACGCAACCUAGAAGCCAAACUGAGCAUUGCGGAGAACAGAAACAUGGAGUUGCUAGCAAAACUUGACGGAGCUCUGAGCGAAAAAGGACAGCAGGCAGCCAACUACUGUGACUCAGCCUGGAAGAUCCAAGAGCUCCUGACCAAGCUAAAGGAGGCAGAGGAAGAGAGGAUUGAGUUUAAACGAGAAAUCGAAGAUCGGGCGAGACUAGCUGAGCAACUUGCUCAGGAGCUGAAGCUUCAGGAAGCGAAACUAAAGGAGAUGGAAGACAAACUGAACACUUGUAGAGUGUCUGCUGACAAAGAACGAACUACCGCAAUGCAGGCUGAUGAGUUGCAGAUGACCAUCAACCGCCUUCAAGGAGCUCUUUCUCUGAACGAGCGGGAAACAGGGAACCUACGGACUCAGCUGCAGGACAUGCAGAAAGCACUGGAUACCAAGGAAGGUCAACUAAAGGAGCACCAGAAAAGGAUAGAAGAGGAGUUACAACAUAAAAGUGUGCUUGAAGAACAACUAAAUGCAAAGGUGACUGAGUUGUCCACCAAUGCCCAAAAGAUCCGGCAACUAGAGAAUGUCAACCAGCGUUUGACUUCAGAAAGUCAGAGUUUUCAAAUGCAAGCCAAGAUACUGGAAGAGUACAAGAACCAAUGCACAAGUUUAAUGGAGAUCAAUGCCAAGCUGAUCCAAACGGUGAAGAGAAAUGAAGAGAGCAGCAAGGAGCUGGCGCAAGCCAAGAACUCUCUUGAGAGAGAACUGGUUACCAUACAAGCCUCUGAGCAGCAACUGAGAACCAAAUUAGAGUCAGCUGGAUUGAAAGUGGAGAACCAAAAUCUUGAGGAGUGCAUACAGAACGGCCAGAUGAACAGCGAGGAAACCAAAACCAAACAACUUGGAGAGAAUAGUAUAUUAAGCCUGGAAGAACUAAAUGAGAGAGCUACAGUCCCCCAGGAGAACAAAAUUGCUACUUCUAAUCUCCUUCGGGAGGCUAAUGAAUCCUCAAGGACUGAUCAUGGAGAAUCCUCUUCUAGGUUGGCUUUGGCUGAGGCCCAACUUGAGCUCAACAUGAAGGAGGUUUCCAGACUCCAGGAAGAGGUCAUGGAGCUCCGGGCACAGCUAUUGUUGAGCUCAGAGGAGAAAAUAAAGAUCCAGGCUCUGCAGGAAGUGACGGAAGCCUCCAGAGAAGAUCUCCGGGUUCAGGCGGCGCAACUAAAGUCCCAGGUGGAAGAGCUAAACCGUAGGCAUGUGGAGGAAAUGCUGCACUGCAGAGAAAGAGAGGACACUCUGGUAAAGGAAAGGGAUAUGGAGGCCCAUUUGCGGGAGGAUAUCCAAACAAACCUGACUGCCGUGAGAGAAGAGCUUCACAUGUUGAAGACGCAGAACAGCACGCUUGCGCUUGAGAACGGAGAGGCUCGCGAUGCAUUACACAGGGCCAACACUGAGACAGCAGAGCUUGGGGUUCAUGUUUGCAUGCUGAAGGGACAGAAUGAGGAGUCUCAGUUGCGAUGGGAAGAGCUUUCUACCAAACUUCAAGAGCUACAGAUGGAGGCGCAGGAAGAGGUGGAAAAUCUAAGUGAUUCAAUGGAGGCCUUGAGAAAAGAUAAUGCAAGUCUCCAAGAGCAGCUAAAACAAACUGAAGGACUCCCGGAAGCCAUGCAGAAGUUGCAGGAGAGACUUGAACAGAUGGAAGAAGAAGCCAAAAGCAUCCAAGAGAUACGACAAAGGGAAGUGGACACACUGAGGUCCCAGUUGAACGAUGAAGCUGCGGACCAUCAAAAUCAAGUGCAGGGUCUGAAUGAAGAGGUAGAUGCACUGAGGAAGAGGCUGGAGAAUGAAGUAGAGAAAGUCUCAAGUCUUGAGUCCAAAGUUUUGGAGCUUGAGUCUGCAAACAGUGAUUACAGUCAGAUGAUCGAAAAGAAAAAUGCCCUCUUCAGUGAUUCCGAAAAUAUAAUUAAUCAGAAAGAGGAACAGAUAAAAAGCCUCAGAGUGAACUUAACAAGAGCUGAGGAGGAACUGGCUCUUACUCAGCAGUCCUGUAAUGAACUAGGUGUUAACUUAAGCAGAAGUGCAAUGGAGAAGCAAGCCAUUGAACUGAAGAUGUCUGCUGAGAUAGAUGACCUUUAUCGUACCAAAAAGAAUCUUGAAGAGAGGCUCAUUCAGCUCAUAAGGGAUAAAGAUGCUUUAUGGCAGAAGUCUGAUGCACUGGAGUUUGAACAGAAACAGAGGGCUGAGGAACAGACAGACAGAGACGUCACAUACUGCCUGAGCUGUCGUAACCACUUCACCUGGAUGCUGCGCAAACAUAGCUGCAGGUUCUGUGGGCGCCCAUUCUGUUACUACUGCCUUGUUAAUGAUGCAGGCGUCCACCAGGGUGGCAGCAACAUGCGCUGUUGUAAGGACUGCUUUAAUCAGCGCGGCUCUGGACACAGGGACCUGGGCAGUCCUUUACGUUCAGCCCACAGCCCAAUAUCAAGCCCCACACGAACCAGCACACCAGGGUCAUUGAAAUCCCCUCGGCCUGAUGACACCGCUUAUGCCAUCAUCACAGAGGAGGAAGUAAACUGUGUCCAUGACAGUGAUUCUUUAUACUACACCGCUUUGCAGCCCUCAGAGACACAACAGCUAAGCAGAAGUGACAUCACCAGCACUGAAGAUUCAGACGAGCUGAUUGGCUCCGUUCAGGAUGCUGAGAUCUGUCUGUUAAAAUCCGGAGAGAUGACGCUGUCUGUGCCGUUCAGUGUGGAGGAUGUGGUUCAGUUUGGCGAUAAGUCCAGAGAACUCUUCGUCAAGUCCAGCUGUUACAGUGUGAUUCUCAUAACCGCUACACAUCCAGGUCUUACGAUCAGCUGGGUCUUCUCCUCUGAACCCAAGAGCAUCGCCUUCAGCGUGGUGUACAGAGAGAACCUAGACACACCUCCAGAACAGGCCAAGGUUCUGAUCCCUCUGACAAGAUGUAACUCUCAUAAAGAAACAAUUCAGGGUCAGCUGAAGGUCAGGAACCCUGGAGAAUACACCCUUAUCUUUGACAACUCCUUCUCAAGGUUCCUCUCAAAGAAAGUCCAGUACCAACUGAGUUUAGAGAAGCCAGAGGUCUGCAAUGGAAGUGAUUGUUCUUCAUAGGAAACAGAAUCACGCACACUUGUGUCUGUACCAGGUCACGGGACAGAUUUGUCCAGGAAUAUGGCUGUUUAUCAAGCCCAACUUGACUAAUGCUGCUUUCAAUGAUUUACAAGGUGAAUCUCACAAAACAUGUCUAAAUCUCACAGUCAAAUGAAAGAAAUGAGAAAUUGUAUUUAUGAUGAAAUAAAAUACAUUUGAAGACACUCAAAUUUUUAUUUGAGUAUUUUCUCAUGGAGUAUUUUCUCCAUGAAUCAAAAAAAGGCGUUUUUUGUCACUAAACUGUACUUGUUUCUCUCUCUCUCUCUCUCUCUCUCUCUCUCUCUCUCUCUCUCUCUCUCUCUCUCUCUCUCUCUCUCUCUCUCUCUCUCUCUCUCUCUCUCUCUCUCUCUCUCUCUCUCUCUCUCUCUCUCUCUCUCUCUCUAUAUAUAUAUAUAUAUAUAUAUAUAUAUAUAUAUAUAUAUAUAUAUAUAAUAACAUUGCUACAAGUAUCUAAAAAUCAAACGAAAUAUCCAGCUGCAUUGCAUUAAUGAAAAUUAAUUAAGGGAGAAAUGUCAAGAAAAUUUAUGUCUAAAUAAGUAAAUAAAUACAUACAUCUUAAUGCUCCCAAGCUUAAUUUUCUUUAUGCUUUAUAAUAGUUUCUUAUUUUUGUUCAUUUGAUUUUGGGGUGAAAUAUGACCUGGACAUAUUGUGAGAUUCACUCUGUGUAUAAUUCAAAAGCUACAUUCCUCUUAUGAAUGAUUGCUCUUUAUUCAUAACCUUUUAUGAAUGACUUUAAUACACUCUUGGCAAACUCUAAAAGCCAGAAUGGUACAAUAUCUCUGGCAUACUUAUCAAGGGAAUGGACAGUAAAAAAAAAAAAGGCAAUGAAGGAAAGCCCCGUGAAAUUUGCUGUGGUCAGUAGAUAGAUGAUGGUUUUUAUAACAUUAUGCACUACAGAAGAGCUUUAUUUGUGACUUUUAUUGAAAUUAGUAAUAUAGAUGUGAAGGAAAUGCUUAUACUUCAACAGGCUACUAGCAAUACAGGGACAUCAGUCUGUUUCUUUAACAUUUUUAUCUAUAUAAUAUCCAUAUAAGUCUAACCAAUGCAGAAAAUCAGGAAUUUGAAACUGACAUAGAUAAUAAUUAUAAAUAAAGAUAGGAAACUAAUCUAUUUUCUGAUGAGAUUGCUUAGUAUAUCUCUCAUAAUACGGUCAUCAUAGAACUUUUUCAAAGCUUCGUAUGUCAACUAUGACUUCUCUGCAGACAUAUAAUCUGUAUUCUGAAGGGACGAGUACACAGUAAUAAGAGGAAACUCUAUUUCCUGGCCGUCUUGUUGAUUUUCAACACAAAAAUGCAUUUUUAUUCAGCUGACGCCAGGGAAAAAUUUAUGAAAUUUAUGAGAAAAACACUCAGUGACUGUGUUUUUUGCAUAAAUAAGAUUGCCGGUGCAAUAACUGAUAACUUCAGCAUGAAGAAGGUGGAAAAUGUACAUUGCACUUUUUGUAAGGGCUUAAUUUGAAUAAUAAGCAUUGAUUCUUCACUGUUGCACUUUCUGAAUGUGUUUCUGAGGCUGAUGACAGCACUUGAUUAAAGAACUGUAGCAGUCAUUUUUUAUCUGCAGUUACUGUAAAGGGUUGUGAUAUAACAGUAAUGUUAUAUUACAGUUUGAAAUGGAGCUGAAUUAAAACUACUUGGUGGCGUGACUCUA